AUGGACAAUCCGGGCCCAGCAACACAACACUGGCCCAACGAGAGGCUCAAAGUCCUCGUCCCAGCAUGGACUCUUAUGAUCAUUAGUACGGCGUUCCUCGUGUGGAGAGUUGUGUAUGGUCUCAUGCAAGGGCGCAAGUUCAUGGCGUGCGAUUACCUGUUGAUCAUCGCCACACUUUUGAACAUUGUCGCGACUUCUAUCAACCAAGUUAACGUUGAUGCUGGCCUCGGAAGACACAUCGAAGAUCCGUCGAUCGACAUCAUGCGAUACUCAUACUUUCUUUGGGUCGCACAAAUCUUCAAUAUCGUGGGUGUAGCGAUGCUCAAGUGGUCCAUUUGUGCAUGGCUGCUGGUUCUCAACUUCUCCAAGCUUUACCAGGCCAUUGUGUGGUUCUCGAUCGCUCUCGUCACUGCCUUUAACUUCCUAGCGCCAGUAUUGACGCUAUUUGGUUGCGCGCCUCUUGAAGCGAACUGGAACUAUGGUUAUCCUGACAGGCGCUGCUGGGCGAAGGGAACUUUGUGGCUCUCUUAUACACAGGGAAUCUGCAACAUUUUGACCGAUGUUAUUUACAUGGCUGCGCCGCUCGUCUACCUCUCCCAGGUCCAGCUAUCACGCAAGACACAGUGGGGGAUUCGCAUCGUCUUCUUGCUGAGUAUUCCGGCUACGAUUUGCUCCAUCUUCAAAACCAUCGAGCUGAAAACUAUCACCGAAACUUCAGAUCCAACGUGGUCAGGCGUCAACCUCACGAUUUGGAGUUCAGCUGAGUUAUCCAUCGGCAUCCUCAUUGCAUCCCUGCCACCCCUGCGCAAGGCAUUUGAUAGUCUCUUCCAAAGGAUCCUCCCCUCGACCCUUGGAAACACCAAAACGCCAAACUCGCAAUACGGCUACGGGCGCUCGACAAACGGAAACCACAUUAGACUCGACACGUACGAGAGCAACAAACGCACACACAGGAGUGUUCAUCCCGGCGAGUCGAUGCUGGACGACGACUCCGAUAGCGAGCGCGCGAUAUUGGAGGAUGAAGGGGGUAAAGGUGCUGGCAUCAUGAAAACAACGAAAGUUACUGUCCUCGAGGAAAACGAAGGACCGAGUCAGAAGGCGUCUCAGGAGUCGCUGCAAAAGCGGAGCCACGACUGGGCGUCCCCAGAUGUAGAGAGAGGUAUUGCCUAUGCAAGGUGA